AACAAAACAAGCUCCUCAUCUGACCAUGAACCUCCGCCCUGCACUCCUCGCUACGCUGGCUUCAUUCGCGUACGUGAGCGCCAGCGUUAUCAACCACGACCAGGUCGUGCCAUUCACCCAGCCGACGCCUACGACCGCUCUCCAACAAGCGGCCGUCAAGUACAAGCCUCAAAUCCACAUCAGCAACGGCUGCCACCCGUACCCUGCCGUGGACAAUAACGGCAACACGAGCGGCGGGUUGAAUCCUACCGGCAGCGAGAGCGCCGGGUGCAAGGGCUCCGGCUACGGCACUCAAAUCUACGGUCGCGCCGUCAAGUACCAAGGUGUCUACGCCUUCAUGUACUCGUGGUACAUGCCCAAAGACGAAACCUUGACCGGGCUGGGGCACCGCCACGACUGGGAGGCGUGCGUUGUCUGGGUCGACGACAUCGCUGCGUCCAGUCCGAAGAUCGUCGCGCUGUCCGCUUCAGCGCACAGCGGAUACAACAAGUACUACCCGCCGAGCUCCUCCUACUUCAGUGGCAACAGCGCCAAGAUCGACUACUCGUCCAGCUACGUGGUCAUCAACCACGCGCUGUCGGCCACGUCAACUGCGGGCGAGACGCAGCCUCUGAUCAUGUGGGACCAGCUCACGGACGCGGCCCGCAGGGCACUGGAGGACACGGACUUUGGCGACGCCAACGUGCCGUUUAAGGAUGCCAACUUCCAGACCAAGCUCGGCAACGCCUACUACGCUUAA